UCGGAGCCAGCAAUGACGAUCUAAUGCCAGCAGUCAAAGAAUUUAACGCCCUCAAAAAAGCAGGAAUUCCUCCAAAAAAGUUAUUAUUUGCUCUCACUCGCCUCUCCACCCUCAAAGAAGCCGAAGCCAUAAAAGAAUAUUUAAGAGAUACCAACUAUUCUUAUACUACUAAUUACCUGCCUGAAAAAACCUCCUACAAACAAAUCCAAAACGAAGGCAAAUCUAUUACUGAAGUCUCUUAUAAAUCCCUCCAAAAACAAGCCCGCCAGGCACCCCAAGAAGCCAGUGAAAAUAUUAGUAAACCUGAACUAACUCCCUCUGAUAGUCGUUUUACCGGCCGGACCAAACAAUUAGGAUUGCGAGUAAAACCUGAAUUUGCUAAAAAAUUAAAAAUUCUUGCGGCCGAAGAAGAUUGCUUAUUAGUAGAAGUUUUAGAAAAAGCCUUAGAAUGCUACGAAAAACAUCGCACAAUAAAAUAA